AACGACGUCGUUUUAUUUAGCAGUUAUUAGCAGAGAGUGUCGAUCACUUCACCAUUUGAAUGCUGAUACAAUCCCGUCUUCCUCGAGACUAGAGAGAAGAUGAUGAAGAUGAAGAUGAAGACGAUAAUUGUAUUGGUUUUCUCAAUACUGGUGAUCUCAACAUGGCUACAAGUCUCUCACUGUUCGAAGAAACCGGUGGGAGUCGCCAGAAGAGACGACAUACCAUACAUCAAAUGCCAGGUCUGUGAAAAGCUGGCAGCGCAGUUGUACCACCAAGUGGAGAAGAAACAAGCCCAGAUCUCUCCCAAGAAGAUCUCGGAGUUUGAAAUCAUUGAGAUAUCGGAGAAUGUCUGUAAUUUGAAGAAGGAGGAAGCGGAUUGGAUUUUGCGGAUUGACAUUGUAGAACAAGGAGACAAGUUGAAGCUGGUUGAACAAGACUCUGAAGGGCAGUGCAAUUCAGAGUGCAAGACAAUUGAACGAGCUUGUCAAGAGGUCAUGGGGUAUUCUGACACCGAUGCUGCUGAAUAUGUUUAUAAAAACAAGCCUCAGAUCGAUUCAUUGGUGAAUUAUCUUUGCAAGGAUCUUACUAAAGCAUGCAGCGCAUCACCACCCCCAGUCCCUAAGGAUAGAACUCCAGGAGAACCUUUUGUUCCCAAAUCACUCAAAGAAGCUGAAAUGGAAAAGAUAAUGAAAUCCAUGGAGGGAAUGCCUGGAGCACCUGGCAUGAAAAUGUAUUCAAGGGAAGACUUGAUGAACAUGCAAAAUUUUGGAGAUGAAGAUGCGGACGAUGAUGAUGAUGAUGAGCCACACUUUCCAUCGAAAUUGGGAAAGAAUUUGAGAGCAAAAGAAAGCACGAAGCCAGACUGGAAACAUACUGUCACCAAAGGAAUCAAGGAGACAGGGCAGGCAUUGAAAAGGCAUGCUAGCAGAGUCUCAAAUCAGAUUCGGCAAUGGUGGAGAGGAAAGAUAACCAGUUCAAAGAAGAAUUCAAAAGCCCACAAGCCAGAGCUCUAGGAGCAUAGAAUGGACACCAUUGUGGGAACACCCUGAAAAGCCAAAGCUUUAAGAGUCCGUGCGGCACACCAUUCUGCUGAUAUUCUUGAGAUCUGUCUACCGUGUUAUUGUAAUGUUAGGCAUUUACACGCUCAGAAGUUUUGACUGUAGGUAUUGAGAACAAGAUGAAACCCAUCUUGUGAAACUUUUGAUGUGUAAUCCCGGGGAAUUCUGAUGCACUUUAUCAAAAACCAAGAAAAAAAAAAUGUGCCAUAUAAAACACUGAACCAAGAGUUGCAAAUGAUCAA